AACACAAAACAUUAUGGGGAUUUGGGGCUCUACACCUAUAACACUGCCUAACUGCUCAGUACAAUUCAAACUCCCUCGCCACGUUACACAUCUCCUCGAGUUUCUCCACAAAAUUCAAACUCAAACUCAAACACCCAUCUUCCAUCUUCUUCUUCUUCUCUUCACUCUGCAACUACAACUGUGUGUUCUGUAACAUCAGACCCAGAUGAUCCACUAGUCUCUGCAUUACCAAAACCCUAACAUUACACAAUGCUCAACUCUCUGCAACUCGCUCUCCUUCUUGUUCUUCCCGCCGUCGUUUUGGGUCUCAACUCAGACGGGCUCUCCCUCCUGGCGCUCAAAGCCGCAAUCGAGACCGACCCGAGUCGAGCCCUGGACUCCUGGUCCGACUCCGACUCCACCCCGUGUCACUGGCACGGCGUCGUUUGCACCCGCGACCGAGUCACCGACCUUUUCCUCACCCAAAAGGGCUUCAACGGCUACAUUCCCUCCGAACUCGGCCGCCUCGACUCACUCAGGCGACUCAACCUCGCCCGCAACAACUUCUCCAAGCCCAUUCCGGCCCACCUCUUCAACGCCACCUCCCUCAUUGCCCUCGACCUCUCCCGCAACUCCCUCUCCGGCCCAGUUCCGGCCCAAAUCGGCUUCCUCAAGGACCUCCGCCACCUGGACUUGUCCUCCAACCUCCUCAACGGGUCUCUCCCGGAAUCUCUCACCGAGCUCGAGAGCCUCGCCGGGACUUUGAACCUGUCGUACAACCAAUUCUCCGGCGGAGUUCCGGCGUCGUACGGACGGCUUCCGGUACUGGUGAGCCUGGACCUCCGGCAUAAUAACCUCACCGGAAAGUUGCCUCAGGUGGGCUCGUUGGUGAACCAAGGCCCGACGGCGUUCUCCGGGAACCCGAGCCUGUGUGGGUUUCCGUUGGAGGUUCCGUGCCCGGAAGCCCAAAACCCGUCGGGAAGCGGGGCCCAGGAGGCCCAAAAGCCGAUCAACCCGAACCCGAAUCUGCUCAAUGGGGUUGAAGGGAGGGCCAAACAGCGAGGCGGGUCGGUGACGGUGCCGAUAAUCUCCGGCAUUUCGCUGGUGAUCGGGGCCGUCUCGGUCUCGGUGUGGCUGCUCCGGAAGAAGAGAACGGCCAGGGAGGGCAAAAUGAGGAAAGAGGGAGUCCAAAAUGAGGCGGUUGCGGCGGACGAGGAGGAAGGGCAAAAGGGUAAAUUCGUGGUGAUGGACGAGGGGUUCGGGCUGGAGUUGGAGGACUUGCUGAGGGCGUCGGCUUACGUGGUGGGGAAGAGUAGGAGUGGGAUCGUCUACAGGGUGGUUGCCGGGAAUGUGGGGAAAGUAUUGGGUGCGGCGGCGGCGGCGGCGGCACCCUCGGUUGUGGCCGUGAGGCGGCUGAGCGAGGGUGAUGCCACGUGGCGGUUGAAGGAGUUCGAGUCUGAGGUGGAGGCUAUUGGGAAGGUGGUCCACCCGAAUAUUGUGCGGUUGAGAGCUUAUUACUAUGCAGAUGACGAGAAGCUCUUGAUUUCUGAUUUCAUUCGCAAUGGAAGCUUGUACACUGCGCUGCACGGGGGACCAACCAAUUCUUCUACACCGUUAUCAUGGGCAGCUAGGUUAAAAAUUGCUCAGGGGAGCGCAAGAGGUUUGACAUACAUACACGAACACAGCCCUAGAAAAUAUGUUCACGGCAACAUUAAAUCAACAAAAAUCCUUCUCAAUGAGGACCUCCAGCCUUACGUAUCUGGUUUCGGACUGGCACGUCUUAUCUUGGGGUCCUCAAAGCUUACUUCUUCAGCUUCCAGGAAACAGAACUCGAGCCAAUCCAACGCAACCUCUUGUUUUACUGUUUCAACUCACUCAACCAUUUACUUGGCACCUGAGGCUCGAAUUUCUGGCUGCAAGUUUACUCAGAAAUGUGAUGUAUACUCUUUUGGGAUAGUGCUCAUGGAGAUUUUAACCGGUAAGCUACCAGAUGAGGGGCCCGAAAAUGGUGGGAAGGGACUAGAGAGUCUGGUGAGGAAGACAUUUCGAGAAGAACGCCCCUUAUCCGAGAUUAUAGACCCUGCACUUCUGCAAGAGGUUUAUGCAAAGAAGCAAGUUGUUGAAGCCUUUCACAUUGCUCUUAAUUGCACUGAACUCGACCCAGAACUGCGUCCUAGGAUGAAAACAGUUUCGGACAAUCUUGAUCGCAUCAAAUUGCAGCUUUAGGAAAAAGAAAUGAAAAAUUUACCAAGCUGACUGCUCCAUCUAGAAUUGGUUAUGGUGCUGAAAAUGGUCUUGGAUGGGUGCUUCACUGUAUCAUUAAGUUGACUGAACUGUGGUAGUAAGGAAAUCCAUUACCUUAAUGGGUUGGAUGUAUAAUAUGUUGACUGCUUCAUUGUACCUUUUGAGGAUCUGUUCAACAAAUCAACGGUAUUCUUAGGUCGACAGCACUCUGAUGCGAUUAGUUGGAGGAGUUAUUUUGGCAGUUUUUUCUCUCCUUUAAGACCUGUUCCCGUCCAUUAUUAUUAGGAUUUAGGAACUUAAUUCGAGAACUUUAUCUCAAACCACUGUUGCUGCUUUUGUUGAGGUAAUCUUACCUUACUAAUGGUAGUGUUGAAUUGUA